CAAACUAAAACAUCGUCAUUGGAGCGACAACGGCAAAGUUCUAGAGAGAAAGAUAUCAGAUCAACCCACAAUGAUGCAACACGAGGACAAAACUUGGCAAUCAAGACACAUGUGAGCCACUGGUGAUUUAUUAGCAGGAGAGGCACCUUGGAUAACAUCAUGGCGAAAAUACUCAUCAUCGCCUCUCUGAGCCUUACCAUCUGUGUCUCCAACGCACAAGAUACAGCCUCACCAUCUGAAGUUGCUUGUAACCUUCCUCUAGAACUAACAUCAGUGAAAACGCAUUCCUUUCACAAUUGGAACACUAUUCCCAUUUAUGCUAAGAUAAAUGGCACUGGCGGGUACAGAGCUGAAGAAACGGAUGAGCUAGAAAACAAGUUUGUUUGGGUAACGUUCGACACAGAGACAGUAGUAACUGGAGUGGCCAUGCAAGGGUUUGGUGAUCCUGAGAUAAAAGAGUGGGUUGAAAAGUAUUACGUGAGUUUCAUGCGUCAAAGCAGUUCGGAAAAGUUCUUCGUUGACAGCAAUGGGAGACCCAAGUUGUUUCAAGGAAACAAUGACUCAAAUACGAUUGUGAGAAACAACUUUGCACCUGAAAACGUAGAGAUCAUCUAUAUCGAGCCACGUGCAUACCACAUCAAUGUUGCCUUCAGAUUUGAACUCUACGGAUGCAUAAUGAAGAGGUCUGUGGAGCUACACUUCCGGUGGAGAGAUGAACAUUGCACUUUGGAAAUGCUCAUAGACAAAAAAUCCGACGGGUUUAAAGUCAUCGAAACGAAGCUAGAGAGCGAGAUGCACCAGAUAAGCCGUCUCCCAGGAGUGCAAGUGGUUAAGCUUGAGAGCCUCAGACCUGGAAGCUUAAUUGUUGGCAUCAAAGUUGGUGUGCGAGAUUCACAAGUUAAACAGAUGAUUGUGGGAGCAAAACAACUCUUAAAAAACUUUACCAAAUUUGACUCUAGCUUCUUUGCUGUAAAGGACCCUAAAGGGUCGUCCUUCUGCACAAUGCCAAACAUUUCUCUAUCAAACCUUUCUCAUGACCAUGACAAAACUCUGAAGAUCAAUCGCUCAGCCUCCUACAUAGUAAGAGCAUUUAUCAAUAGCGAAACUCAACAAAAGGCUCUUGUUACUUGGAAAAUUGCACAAUUACAGAACUCUCGACGGAAAAAUGUGGACAGGAAAAAUGCUUUUAAAUCAACAAGUAUUUCCAUGGAGGAAACUGUACUUGGAAAUACAACGAUUAUACAGAAGGAAAUAUCAAAACACACUCUUCAGUAUGGUGUAUACUACAUUGAGGUUCUGGUAAAUGCUACUGGUUGUAUGAACUACAAUUAUGGAUUCCUGCGAGUUACUGAAACACCUCUACAUGUGGCUGUGUCAACAAAACCUCCACUGGAUAAUAUUCUUAAAGGAUACCACAGGUAUCUUGAAUUUAAUGCAUCAAAUUCUUUUGACCCUGAUGUGCAAAAGAAAGAACAGAGUGGCUUAACGUUUACAUGGCUUUGUGCAAGAAAAAAUGAGACCUUUGGAAAUACUGCAACACUCCCAGUUGUUGUUCCACAUAACAGUGGAAACAGAUUAAAUGUAAAAGGGUGUUAUGGAAGUGGACCCGGCAAACUGAAUUUCACAGGCGCACAUGCAAAGUUACUCUUAGACCAAAUGGAGCCCAAUAAAAGUUAUAUCAUCCAGUUAAUUGUGGAAAAAGAUUCGAGAAAGGAGAAUGUUUCCUAUGAAUUUGAGUUAAAAAGUGGAAAUAGCUUCCAUCUAGAAAUCAGAUGCAAAAGAAAUUGUAAACAAAAAGUCAAUCCUGCAGAGAAAAUAUCUUUCGAAGGAUUUUGCGACGGCGAUUCCUGCAAGCAAAAUAACACGUACUUUCGCUGGUCACUUUUCGUAAAAACUGACAUUGGAGAAUUUCAGCCAGUUAUAAUACAAAAUAAUGAAGACCGUUCGCUGCUGGAAAUUGAUAUGCAUGUGUUAGAAGAAGGCAAAAAAUAUGAAUUACAACUUCGAGGAAAUCUUACUGAGAAAAUUAGAAGUUCUGCGACUUAUCCUUUCACAACAAACCAGUCCCCUCGAGGAGGAAACUGCACUGUUGAUCGAUUCACUGGUCAAGUUUUGGUGACAAAUUUUACAUUUUCCUGUUUCGGUUGGCUGGAUGAGGACAAGGACUUGAUUUAUCAAUUUGGGUACAAGUCGAGUAGCGGGGUGUAUGAAAUACUUCAGGAGAGCCCUUCGCCUUAUUUAAAGACUAACAAGCUUCCUCUUGGCGACUCCGAAAAAGAAAAUAUGUUCUGGUUGGAUAUCUAUGUCAAAGACCAAUGGGGGGGAUUUGGGUCCAAAACUGUAAAGGUUAAGAUUCUCUCGAGUCGGACAAUAAAUGCAACGACCCUGUAUCGAUACACCAUGGGAAAUAAUAGUGAGAUGGCUAAAUUACUAGAAAGCGAAGAUGGUGGCAAGGAUGCCAUGCGGCUGGCAAACACCUUACUGUCUGUGAUGUCCGCAACUACCGACAAAGAAGUGAAAAAAGAGGACAAAAUUAAGUUCAAGGACGAAAUGAUCAAACAUUCAUCAAAAGUCAAAGUAAAUGACCUGCAGGGAAUUAUUCUUGUGACUUCAGUUGUGGCCAGUGCGACUGACAAAAGUGAAGAACUCUCGGAGAAAUCUCAGUGGACUUCGGUGGAUGUUUUGGAAAGAAUGACAAACAAGUUUCAAAACAUUACCGUUGAAGGAAGUGACAAAGAUCCCACCGGCAUCGAGAAGGCAGGAAACAAUCUGUUGGUGGGGAUUGGCAACGUGCUUGAUGCAAAUGCCGUGAAAGCUGACACCAACAACAAGAAAGACGAAACUAGCGAAGAAAGCAGCAAAGUUAACUUAACAAAGACAAAAGUUCUUGCCGAAAAAGCCUUCAUACUGAUUACCAAAGUCGGAGACAGCAUGUUAUCAUCAAGAGAAGUCGAUGAUGAACCCGUUGAAAUUGAGACCAAGGCGAUAUUCAUGAGGUUAAACAGACAGACUCCAGGAUCAAUCAGUGACAAACCCACCAAGAUAAAGGACAGCAAAGUGACAUUCCCUCCGUCUGAGGAGCUGUUGGGUCCCCAAGCACAGGAAACGAAAUACGUGGACACACAGAUGCUCUCUUUAAAGCAUAAUCCCUUUUCGUGGGACAAAAGCGCCAAGCUUGUGAAGUCAGCUGUGAUCAGCAUAGACCUUAAGAACGAUAAAGGAGAGGUUCUUGAAGUCUCGGAACUGUCUCAAGAAAUCGAGCUUUACAUCAAAACAGAUAGACCACAGACACCGCAGGUUCCUUUGCACUCUUUUGUGAAACCAAGUGUUAAUGGAAGUAUGCGAAACCACAGAGUUGUCAUUUCCGAAGAGGGAAUGGUAGUAAGCGUCAAGGCGGUUCCAUCAAACGGAUCAAAACUACAAGUUUAUUUUCGCUAUCUUCGCCGACCGACAAUAUCAAACUACGAUUUCAUGGCUGAGGUCCCAGAUUUCACCUCAUGUAAAAGACAUGCCAAAGGAUUUACGAACAACUCGAGCAAUGAAAUGCUCAGUGGGUAUUUUAACUGCACCAAGGAUCCUUACGUACUGACGCUUUCCAGUGACGUCACCAGUCACAUCGGUUUACAUUACAUUGGAAUUCGUCUGCCUGGCUCCGAUGACUUUUCAAAGGAAAUUAAACGCAGGCGGAGAUCUUGCUCUGAAAACGGAAGACACAGGAGGUCGGAAAUGUGUGUGGAGUUUAAGGAUCCCCCGACAACUCCUCCCCCGACCCCCAGGGUGAUUGUUCCGGAGUAUGAUCCCAGUACUGAUGUAAACUACACAUUGUCAAUCUCCAUGGGAGCAUGUUUGUAUUGGUCCGAAGCUAAAGAGAAAUGGACAUCAUACGGCUGCAGAGUCGGGCCAAAGCCAGUCAAUGGUUCUGUUCAGUGCCUCUGCACACAUCUCUCUGCGUUCGGCGGUGACUUUUUGGUUGCUCCCAAUCCUAUCGACUUUGACCAAGUGUGGGACGCGUUCAGUAACAUCUUAGAGACAAAAAACUUUGUAGUGCUUGGUACAGUAUGUGCAAUGCUUGGAAUUUACUUAAUUGUGGUGGUUUUUGCACGGCGGGCGGAUCAAAGUGACAGGCAGAAGGUAACCCAGGUGAUUCCUUUAGGAGACGUUUAUCCCAAUAGCCACUGUUACGAGCUGAAAAUUUACACUGGUUUGUGGCGGCUAAGCGGAACCUCCGCUAAUGUGGCCGUCAUGAUUUACGGAGACAUAGACACAGAUGUAAUCCCGCUGAACUGCAGCACCAUGUGCAACAAAAAGCUGUUUGCUCGGGGAAGUGUUAACACAUUUAUAUUGUCGCUAAAGGAAUCGUUGGGUGAUAUAUCACAUAUCAAAAUCUGGCACGAUAACUCUGGAGAAAAUCCUCAAUGGUUCGUCAACAAAAUCGUCAUCCGGGAUGCGACUUCGGAUACCACAUGGCAUUUUUUGUGUAACCGCUGGAUAGCAGCCGAAAGGGAAGAUGGUAAAAUCGAGCGCGUCUUCUACGCGUCGUCCACUAAGGAAGUCAACAGUUUUAAGAACAAGUUUUACAGUCGGGUGUCUAUGGGGCUUGGUGACGGGCAUGUGUGGCUGUCGGUUAUCACCAGACCCCCGACGAGUUCAUUUACGCGCGUUCAGCGUGUGUCGUGUUGCUUAUCCGUGUUGAUGUCUGCAAUGGUUACGAAUGCCAUGUUUUAUCAGUUUGGCGCUAUGGAUACCGACAACGCUUUUCACUUUGGGCCGUUCGUAUUAAGCUGGCGACAGAUCAUUAUCGGUUUACAAAGUGCUGUCUUGGUUGUUCCUGUGAACGUGUUGAUCGUGUUUCUGUUCCGCAACAGCAGACGUAGACAAGAGGUGACUCAAGCCUUCAACACAAACAGUGACAACUUCACGGUGGACGAAACGCACAGAACAGGCUGCUUCUUGUCGCGAUUCUUUGUUUAUAUCGCCUGGGCACUAUGCAUUUUGACUUCUCUAACUUCAGCUGCUUUCACUGUCUUCUACAGCAUGAUGUGGGGCACUGAAGUGUCUAACAAAUGGUUAACUUCCAUCUUGGUGUCUUUCACCCAAGACAUUCUGUUUAUUCAACCAAUCAAGGUAGUAAUUGUAGCUUCAUUGUUGGCGUUACUCAUCAAGAAGGCGCCGGAGGAUGAGAGCGAUAAAGAAAACGAGAAGUCAGUGGCGCAGUCUAUAGUUAAGGGGGAAUCCCAUAAACCACUGAAACCCGACAACCAGCAGCUAGAAAAGUUUCGGGAGUACCGCUUACGAGUGAUGGUGAUGGCGCGAGUUCUCAUUGAAUUGGCUUUCUACUUGAUCUUUGCCUGGGCACUGAUGACGAUAUCUUACGGUAGGAGAGACACUGGGCACUAUUGGAUGACAAAGGGAAUUGAUGACCUGUUGCCGAAAUUUGACAGGGUCCGGGAUACUAACACUUUUUGGGCGUGGACCCAGAAAUACCUGGUUCCCGCUGUGUAUGACGUAAAGUGGUACAACGGACAGCCCUUCGAGUACAAAGAAGGAUUUAUGUCAGACAUGUCCGGAUACUUAGUUGGUAUGCCCCGCUUUAGGCAGCUCAGGGUGAAACAAGGCCCAUGUCCUAUUUCACCUCGGUAUUCCGAGUUCAGAGAGACACUGCACCCUUGUCUGCCACCUUAUAGUGGGGACAGUGAGGACCAAACCCUUUACAGUAUGCCACAAUGGCGGAAAAUUCCAACCAAUGAAACGGUGUUGCUUUCGGAAUUUGCACUGCGUCGGAUGUGCCCGAGACCUUGGCGUUACAAAACGUCGGAAGAGCUGCAGAGUCUUCCACUUCAAGGUCUACGAGCACUUUACGGAGGAGGUGGAUUCGUAGCAGAUCUCGGCUACACAAAGGCAUCUGCCCUGAGGGUCAUAACAAACUUGCAGAAUAAUUCAUGGAUUGAUGAAAAAACGCGUGCGGUUCUUAUCGAGUUUAUGGUUUUUGACUCGUCCACAAAUCUUUUCAGCGCUGUCUCUUACAUUUAUGAGGCUCUGCCCUUGGGUGGUGCAGCUACGUUUAAGAGAAUCAACACAAUGUCACUGUACGGUGCGACGGGAAAGCGUUCUUUUAGCGCGGUGUGCGAGCUAAUAGUACUUCUCAUGGUGUUCUACUUUAUCACUGCUGAGGCAGUAAAAAUCUGGAAGGAAAAAUGCUCCUAUUUCAAGUCCGCAUGGGCUUAUGUGGAGAUGGCACAGAUUUUGUCCGCAAUUGCCACAGUUGUGCUUUCCAUUUUCCAAAGGUACUAUACAACGAAGCUGGUGAACAGAAUUCACGCAAAUCCCUUUGAAACUUCAAGCUUUCACUACACUGUGAUGUGGUCAGAUCUUGAAAAUGCGCUUAUAGCCGUCCUAGUAUUCAUUUUGACCAUAAAAGUUCUCAAGAUCUUACAAUUUAACGAGCACAUUUCUAGUUUGGCGGCAAGCAUGGUACGCUGCCGCGCCAAAAUCGUUUCCUACUCGGCUGUCUUUAUGGUGGCAUUCCUAGCCUUCAUGCAAGUCGCACUUCUCGUCUUCGGUAGCACAACGAAAGUGUACUCAAGUGUUUCCGAAGUCUUCCGAACUCAGUUCGGAUUGUUUAUCGGAGGAGACACGGACUACCAAGAUCUUAAGUCGGCCAAUCGGAUUAUUGGACCAAUCUACUUCUUUCUGUUCAUGACCACCAUGGCUUCUAUACUUAUAAACAUGUUUCUGGCGAUCCUGAAUGAAUCAUACCGAGAAGUGAGAGUUUACCCCGAUCGAGAGCACGAAGAGGCUGAAAUGCUGAGGGUGUUUUUGGACUAUGCUAAGAAAAAAGUGAGCAAAAAGCUGACUUCGUUUCAGGAUACAAAAUUUCUUCCAAGGAGAGACAGCUACAGCGUUCAAAAUCAACACUCACAAUACAAGAAAAAGUUUGAAGAAGACUGUAAGUACACACCGAUAAACUGGAGCAACUGCGACUCUAUCAGCGAGAAAGGUCUGAUAAGUAACGAUAAUGUUACUGAGAGUUCGUUUCUCGAAGAUAUUAAAAAACGCUUGAGAAAUAUCAGCAGCGAGCUGAGAGACAUUUCUAUCUUGCAUCGCUCGCGAAGGUACAAAGUCUAUGAAGUUCAAAAAAAGUAUGGCAUCCAGGGUCAGAAGUUUGACGAAGACUUGCGAGUGCCCUGCAGGGGACUGGGAAUAGAAAAAGUGUCCAGUAAAUGCAGCUUAUUUAGUUUGAGUGAAAGCACAAUGUACAUUGACAGACUACGUAAGGGUCGUGACUCAGUGAGAAAGUUGCUAGGCAACGAAGACUCCUCCGAUGUCGAAGAUACCGCGUGGGACGAUGGGACGUCUUACGCUGAGUCUAUGACAACCUUCUUUGGCGGUUCUGGGACUAUUUAUGACAUGGAUAGAGAGCCUUUCAGAGACUCGGACGCUAGUGAUUUUCAGGAUAGAGAAAGCUACAUUUAGACUUACAGAUCGAAGGAUCGAUUGUACAUACCUAGGAUGUCGUCCUUUAGAGUAAAGGGAAGCUAUAUAUUCGGAUCAAGAGUGAAUCAAGCGGAGACUGAAUCCCUCGUAUAUGCUUUAUUCUCUCUCAACAAUUUUUAGACUUGCGCUAGUGUUCGCACCUAUGCAAGUCGUUAAAAAAAUAUCCUUUUUAAAAGUGCAGGUUAACUGUACCCAUACAAACCACUGCUCGAUUUUAUUAUCUACUAAGAGGUUAUACGCUUAUGUUUACUAUGUGAAAAUCGAUUUGAGAACUUCAAUGAGCAGGAGGUAUGGAUAAGCAAGUUUGUACAUAUUUUCCGAUAAUUAGGGAGUUGCCUGUCAAAGAACUCUUUAAUAACGUUAACAGGUCGGCCUAACUGUUAUCCUAAUUAGACAAAUUGGCCUUCUGACCUCGACAGCAUGCUACUGAAACGGUAGAAUUUUCAUUGAAAAGCGAGCGCGAGAAGUCUAGGAAGGGUCAUUUGAGUGCACUGAAAAGAAUAGUAUUUAUGUCGGCCAUUGUGACAGAUGUCUAUUACAAUGAAACGAGUGGUGACUCACUCAAGGUGUGAGAAGGAUAGGUAUCCUGGAAAUGUCCUUUUUUAAAAAUAGCUUUACAAAUUCAAUAAUUAUAUAAGUAUUUUUAUAGCUUUGUUUCAAUGAUAUAGCUUUAUGCUGACUUGAUCCCAGGGUAAUUGUUGCACUAAAUCGUUUUUGUUAGAAAAUGAUUUAGCUGAACGUUCUUGGUAUCCAAAGUUGAAUCUGUAAAAUAAUUUACUAUAAUUACUAUAUACUAAGACGGACAGUCUAGUUAUCAUGCAUGAGGCGGACGCAAAGAACAGUGCCGAGAACAACUGCGUAGGUCUUUGAUUAUAGGAAAUUUGAUGUUAAAUUUAUGUCAGAGGCAGAAAUGUAAAUAAAAGAUUUAAACGUC